AUGUGCUACACCACGUCUGCCCGCCCCGUGUGCCCCAACUGUGCCGGCCGCACGGGCCUCGCCGACACAGUCGAUGUAGAAAAGACCUGCAAGCUCGCGGCGCGGUGCCCGUACCGCCAGUCUCGCCCCCUGCCCCGUCGUCCUCGUCCGCAGCAGCAGCGGCGGGGCGAGGAGAAGGAGGAGGAGAGCGUCAUCUCGCGCCGUCGCUGUGCCGCGUGUGUGCGUCGUGCCAUCACGGCUGCUAAUUCUGUGCCGGGGCCGGCGGAUAUGCGGUUCGAUGUUUCCACCACAAGCACCACGAGUACUACCACUACCACGGCUAACAGCACCGACAGCGUCAACAGCGUCAAUAGCAUCGUCCGUCGAGGCUUCGCGGCGAUGAGCAGAGAGUGGGAAGUCCAGACCGGCAGGAGUGCCCCGGGCCGGCUGGGCGAGGCGUAUCCCGAGAAAGAGAACACCGAGUUCUGGAAGGCGGUUUUUGGGUGCGAGAGGAGGGACCAGGCCAGAAGCUCUGAGAAGUCCGGAGAAGGAGGGUUGGCGGUAGUAUUAUUCAUUAGGUAA